AUGACGGGCAGAGAGUGCAAGAAGGGGUACAAGUUCCGCGCGCCCAAGCACGCCGUCUUCAAGGAGAGCCACAAGUGGCCUGCGCCGCCCAGGAGGCUCAAGUUCAUCGACGAGACGCGGGGUGUCGAGCUCGGCGAGGACGUCGACAGCAACGAGUCCGUACAAGAUUCCGCAGACGUCGAAGAGGCGUCGACAUCGCCGGGAACCGCGACGGUGGUGGACUCCUCCGUGUCGGAUGAGCGCCCCUCGCUUCAGGCAGCAAAGGCAGCGAGUUGGCCUCUCCCCGAUGAGGGCCAUCAUGAGAAAUCUCAUGAAAGCCACCAUGGAAGUCAUCAUGGUGGCGACGCCGUUGACGAGUCUGUUCAGCCGCCGCCGCGCGCAUCGCUGAGCACACCCGACGCCCACCACCUCACCCACCAUGCCAGCCGACGAGAGCAAUCCGACUCCAUCGUGAGUCUGCCGCCCAUGCAGUCUGUGCUGCCGCCCUUCGAAGGCAUAUACACCGAGCGCCCGGUAUGGCCGCUCACCGGCCGGCAAGAAGCCACGCUGUUCCGUCACUACGUGGACAAGCUUGGGUUCUGGCUCGACGCGUGCGACCCCAUCAGGCACUUCGAGACUGAGGUGCCACAACGGUCCGGCUCGUGUCCCAUUCUCUUGAACGCCAUCUUUGCGCUGGCGGCGAGGCAUCUCAGCCUGACGAGCGCGUACGACUCGCUGGCGUCGAAUCGCUAUCAUGAGCAAUGCCUCAACUACCUGAUCCCGCUGCUGGACCACGCAGGGACGGUGUCGGACGAAAACUUGUUCGCGGCAACAAUCAUCCUGCGAGUCUUGGAGGAAAUCGACGUCAACACCCUCGGUCAAGACACGCACGGCCACCUCCUCGGGAUCCACGCCUUUGUCAACGCCGGAGACCGCUUCCUGAUGCCGGGGACCUUGACGGCAGCAUGCUUUUGGGCGGGCCUGAGGCAGGAGAUCUACAGCGCCGUCAUCAACCAACAGGUGGUAAGGAUGAACCUUAGUCACGCCAUUGUCGACCGAUCAACGGCCCCGGGGGACGACUUUGUCUGGGCGAAUCGUGCCAUUGUCCACUGCGCCGACGUCCUCAAUUUCUGCUUCGGGUCCGAGGCGGGGUCGGUCCUGCAAUGGGGCCAGCUCGAAAUGGCAAACAGGGAGUGGAAGAACGCGCUUCCGCCCUCGUACACGCCCAUCUUCUUCCGCGAGAGGACGGAAGAGGAGGCUUUCCCCGAAGUAUGGUACCAGAAGGCGUGCCAUAUCAUUGCCGUCCAACAUCACAUUCUCGCCGAAAUGUACCUCGCGCUGUUCAACCCGAGCAUACCGCGAGUCGGCGGCGGUCGCAAGGCGGCCGAGAAGCGGCUAACAGAGCAGAUCCAGGAACUGCUGCGAAGUCUCUGCGGAAUUGGCAUGUGCAACCAGUGGUCUCCACCGGCAAUGUUCACGGCGUGUAUGGGGAUAGCGAUUGCCGGUGACCGGUUCGACCACAGACACGACCAGGAAGCUUUGCUGAGGAUGCUCAGCAUCACCGAAAAGGCCCACGCGCGGCCCACGACGGCGGUGCGGGAUCAACUGAUAGGCGCAUGGGGUUGGAUGGACGGGGACGCCAUGAGCGAGGGGUGA